AUGGACGCCACCGUGCCUCGCAAAAGGGGACGACCCUCCAAGGUGACAGCAGCCACACCGACCCGUUCGCUAUCUUCCUUUAAAUCAGAUGAUUCAGUUGUCAGCAAGGUGAAAAUAGAAAAUGAAGAGGAGAUUGAUGAUGCAGGCAGUGAGGCCUCCUCCUGCCCUAUUCGGUCACAACAGGCAGCAGAACGACUUCUGGUUGAAGUAUCAGCUCUCUCCGCCGCUCGGCCGUUGUUGCGUUGUGCUCUGAGCAAGACCUGUCAGUCAGAGGCGUCAACGGAGCAAUCGGCACAAAUGCAGUCGCAGCAACGACGUCGCAACUCCACUAGACCGCGUCGGUCUGCCACCCUUCCCGAUGGUUCGUCUCCGACAAAAUCGCCACCAGUAAGCGGACUUCUAGCGUAUGAUCUGGAAAGUCUACGAGACCUGCUGGCACAGGGCAAUCUUCCAGGUGGUCCAGCACAGGUUGUUUCACAGUUGCGACUCUUGACACAGCACUGGACGACAUCUAAUCGUCCAGGCAGUCGCCUUCAUGGCUGCGCUCAAGACGUCUCGGCGUUUCUGGAGAAGAAACUACAAGAACUCGCCGAAAAUCAACAGAGUUAG